UAACCGUGUCAGCCAAUGAGAAUUGAGAUCGCUACUUGUCGCAUAGCAACCAAGAAACAACGCGCAUGCGCAGUGCUGAAUCGUCCGGAGCAGCUUGGAGGUGAGGAAAAGAAACUAUCAUACAUUAUUAAAGCACCUCAAGUAAUGCUGGGAACUACAAUUAUAAACCAUCGACAACAUGUUGGACUGCAGAAGCUCUCAGCGCUGGCAGGAAUCACACAUUCCUCUUUGGGCCCAAUCAAAAAGUACAAGUUCAUCCAAGAUGACACGAGUGGGGAGUCCGCUCUUGUGUGCUCGUGUUUUCGCAUCUUUGAGAACCUGGAGCUGACCUGCGCGGUGGGUCAGCUGGUUUACGAGACUAUUCAAGCCCACCAGAAGGUCUAUCACACAGGGUCGGGAUGCUUGUUGUUUCUCGCUGGAGCGUGGAGCCGUGCUGCUCUGGAGUGCCUUCAGAGAGGAAUUUCAAUAGCACACAUCAUCUCAGCUAUGUCUGAAGGAAUGGAUUUAUGCCUGGAUGUUUGCAGGAAAUGCAGCAUCUCAACUGAGGGUCUUGGUGUGGAGCAAUCGGAGAGCUGCACUGCGACAUCUCAGGGUUUAGGACUUCAGCUGUCAAAGAAAGCCAUUGUGGAGGCUUCACAACCAUCGUGUCACCUGCAAGGGACAACAAAAGUUGGUCACAAGACUCUAAAUGGCAGUGGACACAGGAAAAUAAAGCUCAGCAGACAUUUUUAUGAGGCCAAAUCUGAACCGCAAACUCAUCAGCCUAAGCUUCCUGACAUCCCACACAUCGCUGAGGGAUUGAGUCACGGUUGUGCCGAUGUGAUGAAUUUAGUCGUCAAAGCCAGCCGGAUACAGUCAAAAAAUAAUCAGCAAGAUAUCAGCUGUUCCACGUUUGAUGUUACAAAAGUGAUGACUUGUGUGCUACCUGGGUUAACAGAGGAGCAUGCAUGUGUAUUACCAGGCUGCAUUGUUCUUGUAUCUGCUGAACAGGAAUCAGUUGCACAUCACUUAAAAGAACUGCACUUGAAGGUCGCUCUGAUUGAUGGAGAUUUAUCAGAUACCUAUCGCCAUCUUGGCUUUAAAAGGCCAACAGGUAUACAGUGUGUGAGUGACCAGUCAGAUUUGACAAGUUCAACCAAAGAGGAAGAGUGGAUGGAAAAGAUUGCGACACUUUUGUUGAAUCUGGAAGUGAACCUGAUACUAGUCAGCGGGGUUGUUAGUGAGAAAGUGAUUCAGCGCUUUUGUAGACACCAUAUACUUGUGAUGGAAAAAGCGAAGGCCUCCAUUUUGAAGGCAUUCGCCAAUGCAACGGGAGCUGUUCCAGUGACUUACGCCACACAGUUGAGUAAGCACUGUGUUGGGACUGGCGUGAAGGUUGCAAUAUGGAGGGACCUCAGCGGCCAUGAGAGGAAGACCUCAACAGCUGUGAAUAUUACCACUGUUGACAACAGCGAGUUGGUCACAGUGAUCCUCACAAGCUGUGUACACGGCAAGCUGCAGGCCCUCGAGGACCAGUUUUGGGCAUGUGCUUAUCGUUUACAUCACAUGCUGAAAGACAAAGUCCUCCUGCCUGGUGCUGGAGAGACGGAAAUGCUUUGUAUUAAUCAACUUCAAAAGCAAGCAGAGCAUCAUGUCAAGCAUCACAGAGAGAGGAACGGGGAAUCUGUCCAACAAACCAAAGCAGGAACAGCAGCUAACCCUUACAGGGGUGUAGUGCUGCAACUCAUGGCAGAUGGUUUAAUAGAUUACAUAUCCACUAUAAUGGUUAACACCGGAAAGUUUUCAAAAUUCAGAGCCAGGACUGCUGUGAGCCAACAACUGCAGGACCAUAACGGAAGCCUGGGCAUUGCUGCAAAGUUCUCACAACUCUUUUUGGAAGGUGAACAAGAGGAUAGUGGAGCUUCAUCACCAAUGAAAUCCAGUGAAGCGCCAGCAGUAAAGAUAAUCUACGAUAAUCUGAGCGUGAAGCAGGAAGCAUGGAGGAAAGCCUUAGAUCUGGUUUUCCUGGUUUUACAGACUGAUGCAGAGGUCAUCACGGGCAUGGACCAAAAAACUGAUGGUACACAGGAAGAUCUGAUGCUGUUAUGAGCUUCAUGCAACAUCUUGGGAGAUUAAUUGACUGUACACAACUCCCUGAAUGUUUUUUUUGCUCCCAAAUGGGAAUAAAAUGUUUAUUUAGACUGUGUUUAAAAUGUUUUGGUACAAAAUGAAAGUACAAUAAAGUGUUUUUAUAUUCUU